ACCUGAGCUUGCUAUCUCACGUGCCGCUCGCUUCCAGCGAUGGAGGACACGGACGGAGCAGCGGCGCGCCAGCGCCCGUCCCGCCGUGAUCGCGAGGCCGGCAGUGCGAGCGGCCCGAGCGGUGCGAACGGCCCGAACGCGCUGCCGGUGUUCUGCCGGGCGCGGCACUUCAACCGCGCCGCCAACGUCUACAGCGUUCCAUUGUGGGACUUCACAUCGCGGUGGCUGCCUGAGGAGCUGAAGGCCUUUGACUCCCGCCGCAGUGCCCGUGCCACAAGCGGCUUCAAGCCCCAGGAUCGCACGGAGGGAAGCGAAGGCAAAGGCGAGGCCGAGCCUGAGGCGGAGGCUGAAGAGAUCAAAGAGGAGCCGGAAGGGGCAAGCGACAGCGAGGAGAGCGAAGUCGCGUGGGAAGGCCCUUUGGGCGGUGAGAGCAGGGCUUGGUCCAGAGCUGCCGCAGACGGAGCGCUGAUCCUCCUGAGAAGACUGGGGCAGGAAGGCGCUUCGUAUGCAAUGGGCGUGUCGUCUGCCCUCAUUGCUUCAGAGACGGUUGCCGAAGGUGCUGACUCUUCCAUGGACAAGCGCCUGGCGGAGAUCAUCCGCACACGGGAGCCCCACUGGGCGGUCUGCGCCCUUCGGAGCGGCCAUUUUGCAGGGGCCGUGUUCAAGGGUCAGGAGGCUGUGGUCCACAAGGCCAUCCACCGCUACACGGUGCGUGCCAAAGCUGGGGGUGCUCAGAGCGCCUGCGACAGCGGGAAGAAGGUGAAAAGCGUGGGCUCGUCUCUGCGGCGUUAUGGGGAGACACGCCUGGCCGAGGAGAUGAUCAAAGAGCUGAUGACGGACAAGUGGGCGGCCCAGCUGGCUGAGUGCGAGCUGGUCCUGGUCUCGGUGUCAAAGCGGAUGAAGUCGACGCUCCUGGGUACAGAAAAGGAGCCCUUCCUCAGCGAGACCAGCCGUGUCCGGAAGCUGCCCUUCAUGAUCGGCAAGCCCACCUUCGAGGCGGUGCAGGCGGCCUAUCUGCGUGCCGCCUCCGUGGUCUUUUGCGAGGAGAAGGUGGCAGAGGCGCUGGCUGCACGCUUCAGGCCGAAGCCCGAGAAGGAGAAGAAGAAGGAGGAGCUUCCGGCUUCCGAGGCGGUUGCGGCGGUCGAGGAGGAGGAGGAGGAGGUGGCGAAGUAUUGCGAGGAGGAGGACGACGUGUUGUUCGGUGCUUUGCACGCGGCCGCCCUGGCGGACGACGUGACGAGGAUCCUGGAGGAGCUGGAUGGCGGCGCAGACCCGCGGGCGCGGGAUAGCAAGGGCCGGGUGCCCUACUACCUCUGCACCACCCAGGCGGCGCGGGAGGCCUUCCGGCGCUGGCGGGGCGGCAACGAGGAGGCCUGGGACUGGACGGCGGCGCAGGUGCCCGAGGGCAUCACCGACGAGAGCGAGCAGAAGCGGCGGGAGAAAGAGAAGGAGAAGAGGAAGAAGCAGAAGGAGAAGCAGAAGGCGAGCAAGGCCAAGGCCAAGGAGGAAGAGGAGGACAGGCUGCGCAAGGAGGAGGAGGAGCGGCGCAUCUUGGAAGAGGCCCAGGCCAAAUGCGAGAAGUGCCGGAAGCCUUUGUCCUCCAAGCCCUUCACCCGGCUCAACUUCUUGUACUGCUCCCCCGAGUGUGUGAAUGGUCACCGGAGGGACUUGCAGGCGGAGGCGGCCUUGAAGCGAUUGGGCUGAAGGUCGCGAGAGAGACGCAGGUGAAAUGAGCCUCGAGCAGCUGGCGAAAUGAACCUGGCGAAGCCGCAA